AUGUCGUACCACUCUGGUCGCAUCUCCCCUAAGCUCCCUGAGACUUCGUCGCAGGAGCUCAUACAAUCCUCAGCAUCUCGUGCUGCCUCACCGCCGCUUCCCUCGCUUACUCAAGACCCUAAACCUCCGGGUAUUGGCCGCACUGUCCAGAAUCUGCUGAGCUCCAGCACCCCGCAGUCUGCAAGGAGUGUUGGCGGGGUUGCUUCGUCAUCACGAAGACCAAAUCGCAGCUCGGCCGGACCUCUCAAAUCUUCACCUUUACGAAACAUCUCUCUCGCUACUAGUAUGACAUCCGCCCCUAGCUCCCCGGAGCGGCAUGCGGCUGACGCCGAAGAUCCGUCUCACAAGUCAUCGGACCAAAGGGAAAAGACACAAGGCCGAAAGGGCAUGGCGGCAAUGAUGUCGGGAUUGGAGUCAAAGCUAUUCCCACGCAGCUUUUCUCGCGGUAGAGAUUCAAGUCAUGGAUCGAGUCGGCGUGGUUCAUCUCUUGAUUCUAGAUCGCCGCGUUUCAGUCGAUCCGUUUCCCCGGGUGCUCGCCAAUUCGAUUCGGCGAAGCCAACACUGGCCGACACAGAAAAGGGGAGAGCGAUAAUGCACGAUGCUCAUAACCAGUCGGACGAAGCUUUGGGCAAUACGAAGAGAUCAAGUGUCCUUCCGAAUUAUGUCAAACCGACCGAACACGAGGAAUCGGGCGAGCGUCUUGCCAAAGACGUCUUCGACCGCGAUAAGAAUAUCAUUGAGAGCAGCGAGGACGAUGGUGACGAUUCAUCCAGUGAUGAUGAACAUAUUGAGGGACGAGGUCGUAAGAAAAAGGGCUCUGAUAUCACUAGAAUCACCCCCAGUGACUUCAAUAAAGCUAGAGAGGACAAAACCACAUCCUCCGAAGAAGGUGCGUGUUCAAAAAGCGAUGUACAGUUCGACCCAAUGCAGAGCGUGCUAACAUUUAAUGUAGCAAAACCAAUCAACAAACACAACAUUCCGGGCAUGGACAAGAAGCCUAAAAAGUCCGCCCUCAAAACCGUUAUCCACCCUCGAACCAGCUAUGAUAUUCCGACCCCAUACGCACAAUCCGCUGCUGGCACCCCGUACGGCUCAGAGGACGAGGCCGAAAAAGAGGAUGUUCAUCGUGCCCAGAAACUUAGCAUUUCCAUGUCCGCCAUUGACAAUCGCGUUCCAAACCGAUCGAUACGAACGAUAAUUCGGGGAAACUAUGCAAGCCUGCAGGAGGAGGCUGAUGGCGGCCGUCGGCGUCAACGAAAGUAUCUCGUCGCGACCGACCUGAGCGAGGAAUCGGUAUAUGCUUUGGAAUGGACCAUCGGUACUGUUCUGAGGGAGGGCGACACGAUGUACGCCAUCUACACCAUACACGAGGACGGGAAUCCAUCCUCUGUACAAAUUGGAGAAGGAGCGAAGGCUAUUCAAGAUGCGGCAGUGGUUGUUGGCUCACAGACCAGGGAGGUUUCUCAAAACCGCACAAUCCUUGGCCGGCUGGGACCUGUAGCUGCCAGCAAGACGAGCUCGACCGAUUCUCGGGUAUCCUCAAUCACGGAAACAGAGCGCGUACGGGCCGUCGAGGCAGUAUCGCAAACCUGCGUGAAGCUUCUCCGCAAGACUCUCCUACAGGUUCGGAUUGCCGUGGAAGUGAUUCAUUGCAAGAGCCCUAAACUCAUGAUCACCGAGGCUGUGAGUUGA